UACAAGUCCAUAAUAUGGAUAUAUUUUCACAUAUUUUAUCACUUGCUCUUCUUUUGCUGGUUCAUUGUUUAAUGUACAACAGUUUAGCCUUUGUAACCAAUACCAAUACCAAUACCGACCGUUCUUCACUUCUUGCCUUAAAAUCUCAUAUCACAUCCGAUCCUCUCAAUUUAUUGAGAAAGAAUUGGACUGCCCAAACACCUAUUUGUAACUGGAUCGGAAUUACUUGUGAUCCACUCAAUUACCGUGUGACCGAGUUGAAUAUUUCUUAUAUGCAACUCGCGGGCUCCAUUCCACCAGAAAUCGGAAAUCUUUCUUCUCUUAUAUCUCUAGAUAUAAAUGAGAACUCCUUCCACGGUCCCAUUCCGGCCUCCCUCUUCAACAUCUCAUCCAUACAAGUAAUUAAUUUGGGAGGUAAUGCUUUGUCAAGUAAACUGCCAAUCGACAUGUGCAAACACAGCCUUCACAACCUCAAAACGCUUCGUAUAUCUUUCAACAAGUUGUAUGGAAAAAUACCAUCGAGCUUGGGCCAAUGUUCAAACCUUGACCGACUUUCCUUGUACAACAACAGCCAUGUUGGAGAGGUGCCAAAAGAAAUUGGAAAUUUGACACUGCUCACUCGAUUAUUCCUUGGGCUCAACAGUUUAACUGGUGAUAUUCCAAAAGAGAUCGGUCAUCUUUAUAUGUUAAAUUCGUUGUGGAUGGAUUCCAACAUAUUUACUGGACCACUACCUCAAGAUAUUGGGAAUUUGACUGCCCUUCGACAAUUAGACCUCCACAAUAAUACUUUAACAGGUAACAUUCCUAAAGAGAUUGGUUAUCUAAAUAAUUUAGAGAUGUUAAACCUGGAAUCCAACGGAUUUAAUGGAUCAAUUCCAAAAGAAAUUGGAAACAUGGCGACCCUUCGUAUGAUAUACCUUGACAGAAAUGCAUUAAGUGGUGGUAUUCCACAAGAGAUUGGGCAGCUUGAUAAUUUAGUAACUUUGUCCAUUGACUUUAACAAGUUGACGGGCACUUUACCGACCUUUUCUAACAUGUCUUCUGUGAAUUAUAUUUCAAUAAGUGAUAACACACUUAAUGGGACAUUGCCAAGAGAAAUUGGGAACAUGAAAGCUCUUCAAGGAUUAUACCUCAUUAACAAUACUUUAACAGGUGUGAUUCCAGAAGAGAUUGGUGGACUUGAUAACUUAGGUACACUAUACAUGAGUUCCAACAAGUUAAUCGGCCAGUUGCCUCCAGUCAUAUUCAACAUGAAAUCACUUGCAGAAUUAUCUCUUGACAAGAAUGAUUUGACUGGUAUUAUUCCUGGAGAGAUGUUCACUGCCAAUAUGAAGAGUAUUGAUCUCUCCAAUAAUCAAUUUCAAGGUUCCAUACCACAAGCUAUUGAAACAUCCCUCACCUUAACCUAUCUCAACUUGGCAAAUAACAGUCUCUCGGGCUCUGUACCUUCCACCAUUGGAAAUCUCAUCUCCCUAAAAACCUUAAUGCUCUACUCCAACAGCUUCAUUGGGGAGAUUCCGCCAUCCAUUUGCAAAUUGAGAUCCCUCCAAUUCCUCCAUCUAUCAGACAACAGUUUGCACGGAUCAAUUCCCAAGUGUUUAGGAAAGCUGAGUAAAUCCUUGCAGGUUCUUAAUUUGAAAGGGAAUAACUUUCAUGGCCUCAUUCCUCCAUCCUUUCCAAAGGGCUGCGCUCUUGAGUCUUUGAACCUCAACAGCAAUAACCUAGAUGGAACACUGCCACAAACCCUAGGAAAUUGUGGGAAGCUGCAAGUUCUUGAUGUUGGGAGCAAUGCGAUACAAGGUGGAUUUCCCUUCUGGUUGGAGGGUCUCGUUGAUUUCCGAGUCCUUGUUUUGAGAGAUAACAGAUUCAAUGGCAGUAUGCUUCUACCCAUUGCUAAUGGUAAGAUAAGUAGUGAUGCUCCAUUUGUGAAGUUGCAAGUGUUUGAUGUAUAUCAAAAUGAAUUCAGUGGGCCCCUCCCAACUAGAUAUUUAACCACCUUCCCAGCCAUGGUGAAUGCCAAGGAAGAUGAUUCAGAAAAGAGUAACUGGUUCAGCAAGUAUGAGGAUUCAUUGGUGUUUGUUUUGAAAGGCACAGAUCGACCAAUAGUCAGAAUCUUGAAAACAUUCAUCACUAUUGACAUGUCCGUGAACAAAUUCACCGGGAAGAUUCCGGAUUCCAUCGGGAAUCUUAAUUCCCUCAUGUACUUGAAUUUGUCUCACAACAGUCUCACUGGGAAGAUACCAUCAUCCCUUGGAAAUGUGAAAGCAUUGGAAUCAUUAGACUUGUCUUCAAACCGACUCAAUGGUACGAUUCCUAGGCAGCUGACGAUGUUGAAUUUUCUUUCUACAUUAAAUCUUUCAGUGAAUGAUCUUGUUGGAGAGAUUCCUCGGUCUAGCGGACAGUUUUGGACAUUUGAUAACAGCUCCUACAUUUGGAACUCGGGAUUAUGCGGACUUCCUCUGACCAAAAAAUGCAAGCAAGAUCCCACGCCGCCUGCUCAAGAAAGUGAGGGUUCCAAUUUUAUUGAUGGAUUUAGUUGGCGACCGGUGGUUUUGGGAUAUGGAUGUGGUUUCGUUAUAGGAGUUUCGAUAUGUUGUUUCAUAAUGGAAUAUGGAAGCCCUAAAUGGUUACUAGAAAUCUUCGGUAUUCAAUAAGUUUGAGCUUGUUUGAUCGUGUAAUCUGUUAAAUAGAGCACUAUCUAAUUCUAUGUUA